AUGGAGAAAGGCAGUGGGAGCGGCUCAGAUAACAAACAGGCCAAGGGCAGCAACAACAGCGAUGCCACAAGCAGUGCAUUUGCACCAGAUCUGCCCCAAGAGGUGAUUCCUUUUGAAGCAUCACAACCGCCAGCAUAUCAAGAGUCGCAUCUUGAGCCAUCGGCCUCAGCUUCAGCCUCAGCUUCAGCGUCACACUCGCUGUCACUAUCAGCAUCAGCAUCAACGCUACAGGCACCAGCAUCAGGCUCAGCCCUCGUCCCAACCGUCACCUCGCCAUUCAACUUCCCCAAGUACAGCAAAGACGGCUCCGCGGAAGAUGCCAGUCCUCCCGUCUACGACAACAUUGGGGCCUCCAGCAGUUCACAAGCCGCUCCACGACCCAUCGCCUUUCCUCAAGUCAGCCCGAGUCCGGACGCGGCGUUCCUCCCAGCAUAUGCCCCUGUACUGCUUAGCUACGGCAUCACCGAGCAGACCUGGCGCUCCUUUCUCAACACCAUCUCUGCCUUCUUGACGGCCAAGAUAUCAGACCGUGCGCUGUCACAUGCCACCGAUGUAGCUGCGCACAUUGGCGAGAACCCCAAAAACCUGGGCAAGAACGUCAUCGCCCAAGCCAAGUCCAUAGGCAAAAACGUCACGCGGGACGCCAAACGGGGAAACAUCAUCGGCGCCGCCGUGGGCCUCAUCGGAGGCUCCAUUUCGCUGCCCAUCUCGACGGCCUUUGGCAUCGUCGGCACCACGCUGUCGCUCCCCGGCUCGGCCAUUGGCGCCGUGACCAAGAAGCCGAAAACCCCCCAAGACAGAGCGGCGACAUAUGCGGCCGUUGCAAACGAAGAGUGGCUUCACAGGCGCGGCUUACACGCCCACUUGUUUGAUUCGGCGGGCUUGGCUCAUCUUUUGGGCCAGCCAUUGGACAGCUUUUUAAGCAGGGCGUGGGAGACAAAAGGGGUUGACGCUGCGGGACAGAUGAGAGCGCUGGAGCCGCUGAUUGCUGGGCUGGAGAUUGAUGAGAUGGCGAACCUGCAGCUGAAGACGCAGACACUGUGGCUGGUGCUGAUACCCGGACAGCCGGCCUCUUCGAGCGAGAAGAAAGGAAAGAAUUGA